AUGAACCUUGAACUGCGAGCUCAGGGAGCUAUGACGAAUGUGAAGCAAAAAUCUAUGCCACCACAUCCUGCACCGAGACGUCGUCCGUACAUAAAAGGCUUGCCGCUCCCAAUUGCAUGGCCAUGCCAUAUCCAUAAUCAUCCAGUCAUCCAAACCAACACAUCCCAAUCCCACCUAUCCUCUCCAAUCCCAUCACAUCCCAUCACAACACAACACAACACAUCGUAUAUAUCAGUUCUCCCAUCAACAAGACCUUCAGACAAACCAUCAGCGACAGCAGACACAAGCACAAACAGACCGUCGCCAACCCACCCGUCCUUCCUUCACUCUCCUUCCGUCAAACCAACUUCAGCUCCAGCCGAGCAGCAGAAGGAGAUGGGUCUAGACUGGAAGACGGAGCCCGCCAUGAACUGGUGGGACAGCGACCUCACCCCAGACUCCGGUCAGAUGGUUUAUGACUCGCCCGAGGACACGUUCCCAAGGACGCCGAACCCAGCACUCGCCAGUGCGCAGGCACUUCUUCCGCCCUUCAUCUUUGAAGGUCAGGACAUGUCCAUGUCUUGGCAGAGCACCGAGGCCCAGGGGGAGUGCCCCCCUUCUGCCGUCGUCUCCCUCGACGCGGCUCAGGUCAAUCUCUCCGCCAGCCAGCACUACAGCCUCGUGACGAGGACGGAGCCUUCGGCCGACAUGCCCAUGGCCUUCUUCCAGCAACCGGCCCAUCCCUUCUACGGCUCCGUCCAACAGCAAGGAGGCGAGGACGCCUACUGGCCAGCCGGACCCGACGCCCACGGCAAGCACGACCGAAGGCACGGCGCCGGCCUGCGACACAUGGUCCAUUCGCCCGCCGCGGACGCCUCGACCGAUUCGGAGAGCAAUCGCAGCCAGCACUCCCACCGGAGCCCGUCGCCCCGGUCCAUGAUUGGCAACUCGCACGACUCCAUCACCAAGCGCAAGGGUCGUUCCCGCAGCUGCCACAACCAGAUUGAGAAGAACUACAGGAUGCGACUGAACGACCACUUUGUGCGCCUCAUCGCCGUCCUGCAGACCAUGGUGCCCAAGGAUGACGAGUUCGCCACCUCGCGCGCCCCAAGCAAGGGUGCUGUCCUGAACCUCGCCACCCAGAAGCUCCUCGAGAUGGCGUCGGAGAACCGCGAACUGGUCAAGGAGGUGGCGAGGCUCGAAUCUCUCGUCCCCGCGAUUAAGAAGGAAUCAAGUUGA